AUGAAAGUUGGUCUCCAGCUACAUCUGUUUGCCAUUGCGUCGGAGUCACUUGUGGCUGUCGUCACCAGAAAUUUGACUCAAGAAAUGGCACGCUUGCUUCUGAUUAAGUUUCUUGAUUUAAUUUUCAACAACUUUAGAGGGGAGGUUCCUUCUUGGUUUGGAUUCUUACACGAACUUCAAUUUCUAAGCCUUAAGAAUAAUAGUUUUACCGGCCCCCUUCCCUCAUCAUUUUUUAACAUUUCAAAGCUUGAAAUGUUGAAUUUGGCAUUCAAUUCCGUAGGUCAUAUCCCUGUGUCUCUUUCGAAUGCCUCAAGGUUGGAGAGGUUAGAAUUAUCUAGCAAUUUAAUUCAAGGAAGCAUUCCAAACGAAAUCAGCAAUCUUCACAAACUGAACUGGUUGGCCAUAAAAUAUAAUCAACUUACGGGUUCUAUACCAUUAACAGUUUUCAAUAUUUUUAGAAUCGAAGUCAUUUCAUUUACUGGCAAUAGCUUAUCAAGAAGUCUUCCCAAUGGUUUAUGCAAUGGUCUUCCGAAUCUCAAAGGUCUUUAUCUAUCAAUAAACAAGCUUCAUGGUCAUAUUCCCACGAGCUUGUCAAAUUGUUCACAACUUCAACUAUUAGGUUUAUCGGAAAAUGAGUUUGAUGAACCAAUACAUAGUGAAAUUGGAAUAUUGAGUAAAUUGCAGCAAUUGUAUCUCGGAACUAACCAUUUCACAGGGAUAAUUCCACAAGAAAUUGGAAAUCUUAUUAAUUUGAUGGAGUUGUGGAUGGAGGUAAACCAGUCUCAAUCUCCUUGCAAGAUCAAAGGGCUAAUUCCAAAUGAUUUUGGGAACUUAAGCAGCUUAUUAGACCUUGAUCUUUCGGAGAACAGCUUGGCUGGUUCGAUUCCCACGACAAUUGGCAACUUGAGAAACAUUCAGCACUUCAACUUCCGUAUCAACAAUCUUACAGGAUUUAUUGGUGAUCAUAUAUGUAAAUUGCAGCAUUUGGGUGAAAUUUACUUGGGUCAAAAUCAGCUUUCAGGAUCUCUUCCUAAUUGUUUAGGGAAUAUUACUUCCCUUAGGGAGAUACAUCUGGGUUCCAAUAAAUUGAGUUCCAAUAUACCACCAAGCAUAGGGAACCUUCAGGAUCUAGUGGUUCUUGACUUAUCGUCAAACAACAUGGUAGGUUCUUUGCCUCCAAAAAUUGGAAAUCUAAAGGCUGUGACACUGAUAGAUCUGUCGAUGAAUCAAUUCUCAAAUGGCAUACCAAGAAAAAUUGGAGGAUUGCGAACUCUGGUGCACCUUUCUUUGAGACACAACAAGUUGCAAGGAUCUAUACCUGACUCAAUGAGCAUCAGGGUAGGUUUGGAAUUCCUAGACCUUUCUCAUAAUAAUUCCUAUGUCUUUGGAAAAACUUCAAAACCUAAAGUAUUUGAAUGUUUCUGUCAACAAAUUGUAUGGUAUAGAAGAGGUAAAAGAGCUCCUCAACAAGCAAAUUCAUUGUCUACCAUAACACGAGAAAGAAUUUCAUACUAUGAACUGCUCCAAGCAACAGAUGACCGUAGUGAUAGUAAUCUGAUUGGUUCUGGAAGUUUUGGCUCUGUUUACAAAGGCAUUCUCAGAUGUGGAACUGCCAUUGCAGUUAAAGUGUUCAAUUUGCAACUGGAUGCGGCAUUCAAGAGUUUUGAUACAGAAUGUGAAUUUUUGCGUAACCUUCGCCAUAGGUGA